AUGGGGCCACCAAAACAACCCAACCCUCAUACACCGCAAGAAUGGAAGCAGAUCCGCUCGAAGUUCACAGACCUUUACCAAGUCCAAAAGAAGAAGCUCUCCGACGUUAUGAAGAUUCUGGGCGAACAAGGGUUCCAUGCUAGCGAACACCACUACAAGACAUAUAUCAGAAAAUGGGGGGUCGACAAGAAGAACAAGCAGUCUGACAUGGAGUUCGCCAUCCAAAAACUGCGGCAGCGGCAGGGAAAGGACACAACCUUCCUGAUCCGUGGAGAGCCUCGCUCCCGCAAGGACGUCGAGCACUACUGGAGGCGCAAACGCUGCAGUCCACCGGCUUCAUCUACAGUCCCCAACACCCCCAACGGUGUGGACUAUCGCACCCCAAGCCCAUGUGCCGAGCGAGAGACGGGCGAGGCUGGAUCCCAGGAGCCCCUCCAGGAGGAUGCCGAUUCUGCGUGGUUUGCCUGGGACGAGGACAUCGCUGCUGUCUUCCAGUACAUCAACCGGGAUUGGAUUGUGGCUCCUCGAUCCACCAUCUUACGCCUCCUCGAGUCACCGGAACAGUUGCGCCCCUUGGAUCAAGCCUUACACUAUGCCAAGGUGCUCUUCCAAAGGCAGGUUGAGUGUGCAAAUGCCGACCUGCGCAUUGACUUUCUUGGUUGUGAUGCUGCUGUAAGUCGAUUCAUGAGAACUGCCGAAAAUGCUCUGGCGGCUAUCGCCUACGGUCUCUCCCAUACCGUAAUAACGGCUGCGCUGCUCGACACGUUAGAAAGUAUUCCACAGGUGGCUGCCUCAUCCAUUGCGAUUGUAACGACGAGUAUUCUGCGGAUAAUCUCUAAUUACAUCGGACGGACACAAAGCUCAAGGUGGACAAUGAGAAAGAUGGCCGUGUAUGAGAUUGUGAACAGAUUUGGUAAGGUUCAUGGUCUCGCUCAUCCAUUGCCGUUGAUUUUGACGGCCGCUAUCCGAUCUUGCGAGGACACAUGCACGAUAUCCCAGAGGGUUUUGAUGGCUGGGAACGAUAUGCUACAACAGGGCUCCAAAGUUGACGAGCUUUUCAACGAAGACUUGCUCACGACUCUCGGCGACAUUUGUGAAAUCUCAGGCGAUUACAAUGCAGCACUGAAACACGUCAUCGAGGCGCACAGGAUGACGCUGGACAGACACCAAACGGAUAUGACCCAGCAGAGCUUCAUGGGUGUUCUAAAGGUCCAAGUACAAUUAUCGGCUCUUUAUAUACAAACCGGGUCUUUGGAAAAAGCCGAACGCUCUAUCGAAGAUAACCUCCGAGCAUGCGCCGAGAUCAGCGACCCGAGGUUUCGAGCCAAAUAUCGCGCGUUGUUCCUGUAUUACAGAGGAAUAGUACUGGAGAUGUCUGGCAAACGGUCAGCAGCGGUCGAAACCUUUGGAAAAGUCAUUCAUCUGGGCUUGCCGUGGUUCGGGCCCGGGUACCAUCUUGUUGUAGCAGCUGCUCAUCGCAUGAAAAACUUACAGCAGAGACAGGCUGAAGACGCGCAACGUCUCAGCGCCGCCGAAGAGGAUCAUCAGAACCAGGACCUCGCAGAUACUCGGGGUGCUGGACAGGAGGAGCCUGGCGUCGACCAACAUCCACAUCCUCUGGGUGAUGAAGGAGUCCUCCCCUUCAGCCCCGAAGCAGCACUGCCUUACGACGAUGGAAGCUCACAGCUGUGGACGAACCCACUGGAGGCACGACCUCAGACAAUCGGACAUGUCGAAGAAUGGACGGAUGAGUACCAGGAGAGCUAUGGAGGUGGCCUAGCGCCAGAGCUAGAGCUACCGGUAGAAGAAGAUCAGUCCUGGAUGGAUUGGACUGGUGAAGGUCCCGUCGAGUGGACGUACUGA